AUGGAUGUCAUAAAAAUCUCAUACAACGUUGCGGUAACUGGUACAAGCGUUCAAGAAGAAACUCGAACGAUCACAGGCAAACGAAUAUCUUGGAAGCGUCUAUUUCACAAAUUCCAUUUAACAAGAGAUGUAUGCCCAUACGGUAUUCUUUAUUUUCGUACGAUUGGUCUGCAUGGACCUGCUUUCUUUGGAGCUAGUCCAGAUGGAGCCGCUAUUUUUUAUUAUGAAAAUAGACACUGGAAUCCAUGUGAAUCAGCACGAAAUACUUGUUUCUAUUAUAGAAAUGGCACUAAUUUACUAAUGCCACUACCAAAAGCAGAUGUGGCCAUUUCAAGUGACGAAGAUGAUGUGUCAGUCGAAGAUACGGAUGGAAGUCUGAAUGGUCCAGAUCAAGCUGGAAAUGAAGCAAGAGAUCGACGUGAUUCAAAUGGGAGUGGGAAUGGCUUGAUCAGAAGGGCGUUGCUUCCCUAUGUUUUCUAUAAAAUAUUUUCAAAGAAUAUGCCAUUUCCAAUGGCACAAUAG